CGGUAGAGGAAUGUAAGAUGUCAGAUAAGGCAAGUCAGAUAGGCUAUCAUCUUUUUUUGACCUAGGACUAAACAGCCCAAACUGCACACCUAAAUAAUAAACGCCCAGUUUGAACAGCAUACGGGACUCAGCAAUGGUCUCGAACGAGGGUCCACCCAGCACGCAGUACACACCCUCCUUCAGGAAGUCUCCGUAGCCGAGCUCCUGUCCCACGUCCAUGGCCAGCUGCUGCAGCUCCCUGUCGUAGGCGUCAGACAUGCAGGGGAAACGUACACCGAACCUGCGAGGGACAGGAGGAAGGUUUAAUGAGGGCAAAGGCCGGAGUAGACCUGAGGCUCAGGGUUUCUUCCAGAAAGACAAGUAAGAGCACCAGCCAUGACCUCAGCAACUCCCCCCUCCUCUGAAGGCUCCUCUCCUCAGAAAGUAUGCCACUCCCAGACACAGACUGACAUCACCAAGCCCCUGCUGGGCUCCACAGGGGCCACCGGGGUUGUGGGUGCAGGUGGAGGAGGAGCAGGAGCUGGAGGGCCCUGUGCGCUGAGGAGGAGGCGCCGCGUCCUCUCGAAAGAUGGACGAAGCAAUGUACUCAUCGAGCACGUAAGCGGGCGAGGGGCGCUGUACCUUCGCGACCUCUGGACGACUUUCCUGGACAUGCAAUGGCGCUACAAGUUCUUCCUCUUCUCUGCCACCUUUGCUGGGACCUGGUUCCUGUUUGGAGUGCUUUGGUACCUGGUGGCACUGGUACAUGGAGAUCUACUGGAGUUUGACCCCCCAUCCAACCAUACUCCAUGUGUAAUGGAGGUGAAGACCCUGACGGGAGCCUUCCUCUUCUCUCUGGAGUCUCAGACCACAAUUGGCUUCGGUUUCCGGUGCAUCACAGAGGAGUGUCCCGUCGCCAUUGUCCUGCUCAUCUUUCAGCUGGUCAUCACCAUGGUGAUGGAGAUCUUCAUCACUGGCACCUUCCUUGCGAAGGUCGCUCGUCCCAAGAAGAGGGGCGAGACCGUGAAGUUUAGUCAACACGCUGUUGUGUCAAAUCAUGAGGGUCGCCCCUGCCUCAUGAUCCGAGUGGCCAACAUGCGCAAAAGCCUGCUGUUAGGAUGCCAGGUGACGGGGAAGUUGCUUCAGACGUCCCUGACAAAGGAGGGUGAGACGGUACGGCUGGACCAGCGCAAUGUGCCUUUCCAGGUGGACACGUCCAGCGACAGCCCCUUCCUCAUCAUCCCCCUGACUUUCUACCACAUCAUAGAUGACAACAGCCCCCUCAGGGCCUGGGCAACCAAAGGUGGUGGCUGGACAGACCCGGAGCUGGCAGAUUUUGAGCUGCUGGUGAUCAUGAGUGCCACGGUUGAGCCGACCUCCGCUACCUGCCAGGUUCGAACAUCCUAUCUUCCCGAUGAGAUCCUCUGGGGCUAUGAGUUUCCCCCUGUCGUCUCCCUGUCUCCUUCAGGAAAGUAUGUGGCAGACUUCGCCUUCUUCGACAAAGUGGCCAAAACCAAAACUCCACCCCUCUUUAAGCAGGCCCUGCCACCGAGCCCGCCAUCUCAGGCGUCCCGUUACAACGGCGGUAAGGAGGAUGGGAAGGACCCAGAGAAGAUGCGACUGGAGGAAAGCUACAGGGGGGAAGAGAAGGGGCGAGAAAGGCGCAUCAGAGAUAGCAGCCCACUGAGUGUGCGUAUUAGUAAUGUGUGAGAGAAAAAAAAAGACAGGAAGAGGUUUCAGAAAGCUGUUGUGAAACUGAGUUACUGUAAAGACAGGAAGAAAAGAAGCAAACUGCUCUACAGAAGAAGUUCAAUUCUCAAACGAAAACAUCUCCCCCCCUGUACACACACCUACUCAUAUUUGUGGAAAUUAAACACAUGGGCGCCCACCAACCACACACAGACACACUGUUAAUGCUACUGUAUAACCACAACUCUGUUGAUAGCAUAGCCUACUGAUGAUAUCUGUGUCUGCAACCAGCUUCAAAAGGAACAAGUUACAAACCCAACAUGUACAAAUGUACAGCACAACAUGAAGUCAUCCAUAGAGACAUUUUCUAAACUUAUAUUCAUGGGGAUUCACUGGAAGAUACUCAUGCAACAAUGCAAAAACCUUCAUCUUAUCAGGUCACUUCUGUCUAUAAUUUAGCUACGACUCAAGAGUAGUAGGAAUAACUUAACAUGAUUCCAAUAGAAAUCAACUUGUUUCAAGAAUUUGCUAGAAAUAGGCGUCUCUUCCUUGAACGAAAAGGGAAAAAGAAAACUAAGGUUGAUCGGAAUAAAUAUUCUCACCACACCUGCAGAUUUUUCAUCUGUUUUAAGUAAAUAAGAACUCAAUAACAGACAAAUUGAUUUGAGAAAAUUAAUUUUGCAAUGUAGUUGAACGUCUGAUAUGGAUUUUUAUCACUGAAUCACAGUACUGUUAUUUUCCUUUUUUUAAUUAAUAAAGAACCUGCAACAGGUGGCGAAAAUACUGGAACCAUAGUAUAUUUUUAACAAAGGAUUUUUAAGGAAUGUAUCAUAUUUUAUGUAGCCAAUAGUUUCUAACAACAUUGUGACAUGUGCUCUUUGAAUGUUUAUUGUUUAUGGGGAAAAUGGGUUUGGUAAUUUUACUAAAAGCACUUUAACUUGAAAGAAAAGUGGCAUUUCACAUAAGGGGAAUAACUGAACUAACUGAUACCUAAUGCACUGUAAUAAAUGAUAAAAUCUUCUGGUUAUGUUUGGGCUGUGUGAAUGUGAGUGAGCGGUUUAAUGCUUGAAAAUGGGUAAUUUUGUGAGUAUCAUAAUAGUGUUUGUAUGAACCUUUUUGUGAACUGCGUUAAUGUCAUGUGCAGUAUGUGUGUGUUAAUGAACCUCUGUACAGUGUAUAAAAAUAUUUUUUCUACAUUCUUCAUUUCUUCAUGUCCUGACAUUUGAUACACAACUCCAUAUUUCCAAUAUAACAUAUAA